UUGUAUGCCUGUACUUAUAAUCAAAAACCUAUUUUCUUUCUCAGGAGUGUGGUGCUUUAGUGAGCUGUUUUUCAUAAAAGAGCCACAGGACAUAACUGUCACAAGGAAGGACCCAGUGGUUUUAGAUUGCCAUGCCCAUGGUGAAGUCCCCAUUACCAUUACAUGGCUGAAAAAUGGAGCAAAGGUUUCUGAAAAUGAAAGGAUCUACACUUUAUCCAAUGGCUCUUUAUACAUCAGUGAGGUGGAAGGAAAGAGAGGAGAACCAUCUGAUGAAGGAUUUUACCAGUGUUUAGCUGUGAACAAAUAUGGGGCCAUUCUCAGUCAAAAAGGUCAUCUCACAUUAGCAACUAUUACUGCAUUUGAAGUCCAACCGCUUUCAAUUGAAGUCCAAGAAGGAGGCGUUGCCCGAUUGUCCUGUAAAAUAACAGCAAACCCUCCUGCCAUCAUCACAUGGGAAGUAAAUCGAACAACUUUACCAUUAACCAUGGACAGAAUUACUGCUUUACCAACAGGAGUCCUUCAGAUCUAUGGUGUUGAACAGAGGGAUGCUGGAAACUAUCGAUGUGUUGCUACAACUAUAGCCAGUAGACGUAAAAGUGCUGAGGCAGUACUAACUGUUAUUCCAGCCUUGGACUUGAAGCUGUUCCACAAGCCAGCCAUUAUAGCUGGUCCCCAGAACAUUACAGCAUCUCUUCAUCAAACUGUCAUCUUGGAGUGUGUUGCCACAGGGAAUCCAAAGCCAAUCAUCUCUUGGAGCCGGUUAGACCAUAAGUCUAUUGAUGUCUUCAAUACCCGGGUCCUUGGAAAUGGGAACCUCAUGAUAUCUGAUGUGAAGGUGCAGCAUGCAGGAGUUUAUGUUUGUCGAGCCACUAUUCCAGGCACACGUAACUUCACGGUUGCAAUGGCAACUCUCACUGUGUUAGCGCCCCCUUCUUUUGUGGAAUGGCCUGAAAGUUUAACAAGGCCCAGAGCUGGGACAGCCCGUUUUGCCUGUCAGGCAGAAGGAAUUCCUGUACCCAAAAUAUCAUGGCUGAAAAAUGGGAGAAGGAUACACUCUAAUGGUAGAAUUAAAAUGUACAACAGUAAAUUGGUGAUCAAUCAGAUAAUUCCUGAAGAUGAUGCUAUUUAUCAGUGUAUGGCUGAAAAUAGCCAGGGCUGUAUCCUGUCCCGGGCCAGACUGACUGUAGUUAUGUCAGAAGACAGACCCAGUGCUCCCUAUAAUGUCCAUGCUGAAACUAUGUCCAGUUCAGCAAUCCUGCUUGCUUGGGAGCGACCCCUGUAUAAUUCAGAUAAAGUGAUUGCAUACUCUGUGCACUACAUGAAAGCAGAAGGUUUAAAUAAUGAAGAAUAUCAGGUGGUUAUUGGAAAUGACACAACUCAUUACAUUAUUGAUGACUUGGAACCAGCCAGCAACUACACCUUUUAUAUUGUGGCUUACAUGCCCAUGGGAGCUAGUCAGAUGUCAGAUCAUGUGACUCAACACACCCUUGAAGAUGUUCCUUUGAGAGCUCCUGAAAUUAGUUUGACAAGUCGAAGUCCUACAGAUAUUCUUAUUUCCUGGCUGCCAAUACCAUCCAAAUACAGACGAGGCCAAGUGGUCCUGUACCGUUUGUCUUACCGCCUCAGCACAGAGAGUGCUAUCCAAGUUGUAGAGCUUCCAGGGACUGCAAAUGAACAUCUUCUGGAAGGCCUGAAGCCUGAUAGUGUCUACUUGGUUCGUAUUACUGCAGCGACAAGGAUAGGCUGGGGAGAAGCAUCUCUGUGGACCUCCCACCGGACUCCAAAAGCCACAAGUGUGAAGGCACCAAAGUCUCCUGAGUUGCGUUUGGAACCACUAAAUUGUACAACCAUAACAGUAAGGUGGCAGCAAGACUCUGAGGAAACAGCAACUAUUCAAGGGUACAAAUUAUACUAUAAGGAAGAAGGCCAGCAGGAGAAUGGACCAAUUCUGUUGGAUGUCAAAGACCUUGAAUAUACCAUCAGUGGUUUGGAUCCUAGAAGAAAGUACCAUGUACGGCUGUUGGCUUAUAACAGCCUGGAAGAAGGUUACCAGGCAGACCAAACAGUCAGUACUCCAGGAUGUGUCUCUGUCCGUGAUCGUAUGGUACCACCACCACCACCACCCCACCACCUGUAUGCCAAAGCUAACACUUCAUCUUCUGUCUUCCUCCACUGGGGAAAACCUGCGUUCACAUCUGCACAAGUCGUUAAUUACACCAUCCGUUGUAACCCCGUGGGGCUGCAGAAUGCAUCUCUGGUCCUCUACCUUCAAACAUCAGAAACUCACAUGCUGGUCCAAGGUCUAGAGCCAAAAACAAUGUAUGAGUUCGCAGUUCGAUUGCAUGUGGAUCAGCUAUCUAGUCCCUGGAGUCCUGUAGUUUACCAUACCACACUUCCAGAAGCUCCAUCUGGCCCUCCAGUUGGAGUGAAGGUGACUUUGAUAGAAGAUGACACUGCUUUGGUUUCCUGGAAGCCCCCUGAUGGUCCUGAAACUGUUGUUACUCGCUAUACUAUCCUCUAUGCAUCCAGAAAGGCUUGGAUUGCUGGAGAAUGGCAAGUGCUACACAAAGAAGGAGCAAUAACUAUGGCUUUGCUGGAGAAUCUUGUGGCUGGUAAUGUCUACCUUGUUAAAAUAGCAGCAUCCAAUGAGGUGGGAGAAGGACCUUUUUCAAAUGCAGUGGAACUUGCUGUCCUGCCAAAGGAGACAUCAGAGUCCAAUCAGAGACCUAAACGUUUAGAUUCAGCAGAUGCCACAGCUUAUUCUGGCUAUUAUCACUUGGACCAGAAAUCAAUGACUGGUAUUGUUGUUGGAGUGUGUAUAGCCCUGACCUGUAUUCUUAUCUGCAUCCUGAUUUUGAUCUACCGCAGUAAAGCCAGGAAAACGUCUGCUCCUAAACCUGUGCAGCAAGGUACGGACCAGCUAUCACAUACCAGCAUCUCGUUAGCCAGUGCUAAUGAGGCAGGGAAGAGUAUUGAAGGAAUUGCAGAGAAUGAAGAAUCCUUACUGCCAAUGAUAGUGGGGAACAGCUUCCUUGAUGCUAAGGGGGGGACUGAUCUGAUUAUUAACAGUUAUGGCCCUGUCACAAAGACCAGCUACAAGAAAAGGUGGCUAUUCUUCCAAGAUUCAAAGAAGGUGAAGGCGGAGGAGCCUCAAAGAAGAUUUGUCCAAGCUGUGUGCUUAUAUCAGCCAGGCACUACUGUGCUGCUCAGUGAAGAUGACUCCCCCAAUUCCCCAGGCCAGCAAUCUAAUUUCCAGGUGCCAUUCAGUAUUGUAGCUGAUACAGAGCAUUCAGCAAACAGUGAAGGAAGCCAUGAAACAGGAGACUCUGGAAGAUUCUCACAUGAGUCCAACGACGAAAUACAUCUUUCUUCUGUUAUAAGUACCACCCCACGCACGUCUGGUUCUUUUGUAGGCAGUGACUCAGGUGUGAAUGUGAACCCUGUCUUAAGUAACUGCAGAGAGCCUCCUGUGCCAUUACCUACUGAUCAGAGUCCUACCUCAUCUCUUCAGAAACAGUCCAUGGCACAAAAUUGACAUACUCAUCCUGAUAGUCAUGCCAGACAUCCUUGCUGUGUAUGUCUGUUCGAAGGACAAUGAACAGGGAGCCAAAGUUUAUUGUGGGGAGCCUGACAACCCAUCAGGUGAUCCCAUAUUUCUGGUGAAUGUGUUUUGGUUUUGUUUGUAUUUUUUUAAACUCACUCAUUUUGAAUGUUCAAUGGGUAACAAUGUGAAAGGACAGUAAAGAUUUCUGACCAGAGUAAAAAAAUUAUCACUGGAGCAAAGGGAAGGCUGUUGGCCCCUUUGCUGACUAUCUACCUCAGUUUGCCAAGUGGUGAACUCUGAACAACUGCUUUACCUCAUUUUUGUUUAUAGUUGGUUUCAGCUACAUGACAGAUGAUACUUCCUAGUAGUUUUUUUUUUCUUUUUUGGCUGUGUGUGUGUGUGUAUUUGUAUGCGUGUGCAUGAGUGAUCAAAGGAGUUGUAUAGGUAGAUGAACGACUGUUUAGCUGAAGCUCUGACUUUAAAAAGAGGGAACCUGGGAGGAUAAAAUAUGAAUCACCACCAUGGACCUAAGAUUUAAAUGAGGAAAAUAAUGGGACUGUUAUGCAUCAGUAUGGGAUUAAUGGAGUAUAUUCUUUAAAAGAUACAGUAGAUGCCCAUAACAAGUUUUUAAAAAGUAACUGGACAUGCCUUUUGGGCCUUUUGAUUGUUAUAGCCACAAAAGCCCCAGUCUGCCUAGGACAGUGCCUUUUCCAUACAAUCUUAUUCCAGCCAUUGCUUUCAGGAUGUGUACUACAUUCAUAGGGCCCUAGGAUAUGCUGGGUUCCCUACAAAAUUAUAACAUUGCCCCUUUAUUGGAGAUUAAAUGCUAGAAAGCUUAGUGAAAUGAAUUAGAAUUCAGCUUUCCAGCCAGCUUGGAACAAAGUGAAAAAUGUCUAAAAGAAUACACACAAUAGACAGUAAUGCUAAAUAUUCCAGUACCCUAGUACUUCAUAGCAACGGUGCCUUUCAUUAUAUAUUAUAAAAUUACUGCUUUGCCUUAUGCCUUCUUAAUAUUCAUAAAGUUGCUUCGGAGUACAAAAAGUUGCCUUAAAUGCUGCUUAGAACUUAUGGAUAAAUUGUAUUGUCAGGUUAGCAUCCAUAGUUCAUUUUUACCUAGUGUUUGAGUGCCAAUAAGUGAUUGUAGCACUGCAUCACGUCUCAGAGCUGUUGUUAUAAUGCAGUCCUAUUUGUUGCCUCCUCUAGGAUGCUAUCAGUGAAAAAAAUUAGCUCAGGGAGUGACUUUACCCACAUGCCAAUCUAAAAUUCUUAAUUGGGUCUCAGUGGGUGCAACUACAUGUUCAUUAAUGCACAGUAGUUACUGCGCAUUUAGUUUAGUAUUUGCUUAAUGAUGUACCAACUAAAUAAGCAGUAGCUACAGUUACUGUGCAGUAGCACCAGUGUGCACAGGUUUUUUGUGACACUUACUGCACAGUAGCAUAUUAGCACGGUUUUUGACCGGCACACUACCGCGCAGUGGUAUAAGGCUACCGUGCAGUAAACAUCUCAUGUAGAUGCGCCCAGUGACAGUGAAAUAGCCAGAGCUUUAGUUGAAGAGUCUGUGAAAGGGUGAAUGUUGCUACUGCCUUGUACCCAUACAAUUCCUGUUUUAUACUACCUCCUUUUAAAGUUAUUCUAGUGUUAUUUUUUUCCUGUACUCAGGGAACAGUUUGUUACUUUUGAGCUGCCUCUCAGAAGUGUGGGGCAAACUGACAGGGUAUCAUAUUUUUUUUUUUAAUAGGAGAGAGAGAGAGGCCGAUUUCAUCUGGUGUUAUAAAGUAGUUCAUGUAUAGGUUUCUCUCCCUGCCCCCAUUCAUUUAAAUGGAAAAGAGAAAGGAAAAGAAAAGAAAAUUUGGCAUUUGUUUUCAGUUUUCAAAAUUUGAAAAAUGUAAAGUUGUGAAAUACAUCUCGAGUGAAAACCUGGCUCCAUUUAAGUUCAUAUCAAAGUCCCAUCCACUUCAGUGGGGCAAAGAUUUCAACUUAGAUGUGGUCUGAAUGACUUUUGGGUGGUUACUUUGCAUCAAAAGUUAUCUAUAAGCCCUUGUCACCUGCUUUUAUUUUCAUGAAUCGGCCUGUAGUUACUGUAGAUCUUUAGCUUAUAACUGUUUGCUAGUUCUGUACCAGACAGUGUGUGUUCACCUUUUCAUAAUAUUGUUGAUUUAAAGGCUUUAAAAUAAUAAUCUUGUACCAAAGAAUUUUCUGUAGGAAAAAGAAAGCUGCAUAUUUUCCAAAAAAAAAUAAUAAUAAUUGAACUAGUUGAAAACUAUAGGUUUGAAGAGCUGAAUACAUUUUAUUGUAUAAGUAGUUACUAAUCAAAAACAAUAGGGCUUCUAUUGAUUGUAGUAGUUGAUUACCUAGAUUAGCUGUAUGCUUCUACAAUUGUUAACUACCUUAUUGUUACAAAAGCCUUUAAAGAAAAUUGUAAUAACGUCUUACCAGCAGAUAUCUCCAAAGAUUUUCACGUGUAAAUUUUUUCUUUUCUUCAGCAUGUAGUUUUUCAACAUUACAGUAUUAGAUAAAAUAUUUUUGAACAGU